AUGGCUGUGAUGGAGCUCCGUCUCCUCCUGGCUCUGGCCUUGUGGGUUUGCGUGGGACUGGAGGUCCAAGUUCGGGGUGACCAGAUGAAGCCAGCUCGGGCGCCUCUGCUCCCUCACCGGCCUUUUGUCGUAGUGUGGAACGCUCCCACUGAGUCCUGCCGCCUUCGGUUCAAAGUGGACUUGGACCUUAGUGUUUUUGACAUCGUCGCUAACCUAAAUGAAACCCUAAGUGGACCGAAUGUCACCAUUUUCUACCACAGCCACUUGGGAUACUACCCGUACUACUCCAAUACAGGGGAUCCUAUCAACGGAGGACUACCUCAGAACCAGAGCGUCUCCAAACAUCUGAGCAAAGCCCGAGCCGACAUCGACAAGCUGAUCCCCCAUAAGGAUUUCAGAGGUUUGGGCGUCAUCGACUGGGAGCACUGGAGGCCUCAGUGGGUCCGAAACUGGGGAUCCAAGGACAUUUAUCGCAACAAAUCCAAGGAACAGAUCCGGAAACUUCACCCGAACUGGCCGGAGAGCAAAGUCGAAAACGAAGCGAAGGAAAGCUUCGAGAGGGCUGGGCUUGCGUUCAUGAAUCUGACGUUGGCGUUAGCUGAAGGACGCAGGCCGGAUGGAUUGUGGGGGUUUUACCUGUUCCCUGACUGCUACAACUACGGGUACAAGCAGCACCCGCAGCGGUACACCGGGGAAUGCCCCAACAUUGAGCACGUACGUAACGACCACCUGAUGUGGCUUUGGAGGGAGAGCACGGCCCUCUAUCCCUCGAUCUACCUGGACUAUGAGCUCAAGUCGUCCCCCAACACGGUCAGGUUCGUCCACUAUCGGGUCAAAGAAGCCAUGAGGAUCGCAUCCAUCGCCAGGACGGACUUCACGCUGCCCGUGUUUGUCUACUCCAGACCGUUCUACGCCUACACCUUUGUGGUCCUGUCAGAGAGUGAUCUCAUUCACACCAUCGGAGAGAGCGCUGCUUUGGGAGCAUCAGGUGUUGUUCUCUGGGGAUCAUCAGAGUACGCACGGACACAGAGAAACUGCCUGACUGUGAAGAAGUACAUUGACGGUCCUCUGGGUCAUUACGUUAUAAACGUCACCUCUGCAGCCAAGCUGUGCAGUAAGGCACUUUGCAAGAAGAACGGCAGGUGCGUCCGUAAGAGCCUCGAUUCCGGCGCUUACCUCCACCUGAACCCGCGCUUCUUCCACAUCCACCACAACCCGGCCCCCCGGGGUCCCCGCUUCCACGUCAGGGGUCACCUCAACAACCACGACAUCUUAGACAUGAAGCACAAAUUCACCUGUCAGUGCUACCAGGGCUGGACGGGGGUUUACUGCGAGAUGCCCCAGACUCCAUCGCAUCCUCCUCCUCCUCCUUCUCCGCCACAGCAGCCCGUCGCCCCUCUGCCUCACCCCAGGGAGCACAGCCUGCUGGGAGAUAUCCUGCUCCUCCUGUCACUCCAUUUCUCCUGUCUGUGCAUCAUCAUGUUCCUAGGACUCUGUCUGAUCAUCAAGUGUCUGAUCCUGUAGACCCGCUACCGUUGAAGACAUCCCUCAAAAAUCAACAAAUACAGUCAGUCUGCUCUAGUUAGGGUUGUUUCUGUGUG